AUGGGUUCAGAAACCACUCUUAAGCUUCCAGUCAUUGACUUUAACAGCCUUGACUUGGAAGGCAAAAACCCUAAGUGGGAGAAAGUGAAAUCCCAAGUCCUCAAAGCACUUGAGGAGCACGGUUGCUUUGAGGCAUUGUUUGAUAAGGUUCCUCUAGAUCUUCGCAAAUCCUUAUUUGCUUUGCUUAAAGAGACAUUUGAUCUACCCCUCGAAACCAAACAGAGAAAUACACAUAAGAACCCUUUUUAUGGUUAUAUUGGAAAAGGUCCUAAAAGCCCACUCUACGAGAGCAUUGGCGUCGAUGAAGCACUUGUCCUUGGGAAAGUAGAGAGCUUGGAAAAUAACUUGUGGCCUGAAGGAUACCCAAGUUUCAGCAAAGUUAUGAAAGACUUCUCAGAGCAGGUAUCGGAGUUGGAGCAGAUGGUGAGGAAGAUGGUUCUGGAAAGUUUAGGAGUAGAGAAGUACUUGGAUGAGUUCAUGAACUCAAGCACUCAUAUGCUGAGGAUUAUGAAAUACUCGGCUCCUCAAACUGAAGACUCAACGUUGGGUGUAAUCAAACACACAGAUGCUGGCAUAACGACCAUACUGUAUCAAAUUAAUGAAGUGGAGGGUUUAGAGAUUGAAACCAAAGAUGGAAAAUGGAUCACAUACCAGCCUACACCUCAUAGUUUUGUCUUUUUUGUCGGCGACUGUCUCCAGGCUUGGACAAAUGGGAAGCUGUAUAAUGCAUUUCACAAAGUAAUGAUGAGAGGUAGUGAAGAUAGAUACUCAGCAGCACUGUUUGCGAGGCCCAAAGAAGGUUAUAUAAUAAAAGCACCAGAGGAGCUUGUGGAUGAGGAACAUCCUCUUCUGUAUAAGCCCUUUGAUUUCCUUGAGUAUCUCAACUUUUAUCACUCGGAAGAAGCCCAGAAACACAGAAUUCCUCUCAAGGCUUAUUGUGGUGUUUAA